UUGCGUUCAGACAUCGAUUUUAUUAGCGUUUCAAACCAAAUCGCGUUUAUAAGCGUUUGUGUUUGAAAUUUUUUUUUAACUUUUCCAGUUCCCAAUGCUGUCCAGAGCCUUUUUUUUUCAUCAUGAAAAAGGCAUGCAAAAGGUGCUCAGAUGGACAAAAACACUGAACACAGGAUGUUCCUACCAAGCUUGUCACACAUUGUAAUGACCAAUUCACACUUCAGACUUCUCCCACCCUUGGAAACAAAAGAUAUGUUAAUGACCAUUCACACCUCAAAUUCCUCAUGA